AAUUCAAAAAGCAACUCCUCAAAAGAAUAAAAUAAUACCUUCACGUACAGCAGAAGCGGCACCCAUUUUCUCCUCUCCCCGCUAUUAUCGCUUCUCUACCUUCCUUUCUCCGGUCCACUUCCUCCAAUUCAUACCGCAGAAGCCAUUUUCUUUUCUUCACUUUCCCUUCAAAAGACCACGACUAUUUUUGAUUUACUGCCCCCCAUGAAAGAACAAAACUAAAAAGCCAUGACCCAACCACCAAAUAUCGUUCGGAAACUACUGGUAGAAGUAGUCGACGCACGGGAUCUUCUCCCCAAAGACGGUCAGGGAAGCUCCAGUGCCUGUGUCAUCGCCGACUUCGACGGUCAAAGAAAACGAACCACCACGAAAUAUCGUGACCUCAACCCCGUGUGGAAAGAGACGUUGGAGUUCAUCGUUUCUGACCCAAACAACAUGGAGUUCGAAGAGCUUGAAGUCGAGGUUCUUAAUGACAAGAAAUUCGGCAAUGGUAGCGGCCGUAAAAACCAUUUCUUGGGGAGGGUUAAAGUGUAUGGCUCUCAGUUUUCUAAAAGAGGUGAAGAAGGGAUUGUUUACUUCCCUCUUGAGAAGAAAAGUGUGUUCAGCUGUAUAAGGGGAGAAAUCGGUCUGAGAAUUUGUUUUUACGAUGAGUUAGUUGAAGAGGAUCAGCAACAAGCUCCAGCUCCAUCGGAGGAGGAUGCAGAUACGUUGCAAGAUCAAAAGCCGCUAAAAUCCCCGGCAGUUAUUGAGGAGGAAGGCAGAGUUUUUGAAGUUCUCGCACGACCGGAGAUUAACUGCCACGACUAUCACCACCCCCACCACCACCAUUUUCAUCAUAAUGGGACUCACUCGCCUCCUUUUGUGGUUAUCGAGGAGUCUCCACCGCCGGUGGUGCAGGUAAACUCGGAACCAUCACUAGGUUCGCAACAAGUGCCUCUUCCAGAGGAGCCGCAUUACGUAGAAACCCACACUCAGUACCAUCCAGAAGUGAGGAGGAUGCAGACUACGAGAGUCGCGUCCAGUGGUGAUAACAGAGUGAAGACAUUGAGGCCGCCAAUCGGAGAUUUCUCUCCUAAAGUAAUUUCUGGCAGAUUCAAGUCGGAAUCGACGGAGAGGAUCCAUCCUUACGAUCUUGUCGAACCAAUGCAGUAUUUGUUCAUCAGCAUUGUCAAGGCUCGUGGUUUAUCGCAAAACGAGAGUCCUAUCGUCAAGUUAAGGACCUCAACUCAUUGUGUGAGGUCUAAACCAGCGAGUUACCGACCUGGUGCCUCACCGGAUUCGCCUGAGUGGCACCAGGUUUUUGCAUUGGGUCAUAAUAACAAGACUGACGGACAGCUCCCCAAUGCAGCUGGCAACAUAGAGAUCUCAGUUUGGGACGCACGUUCGGAGCAGUUUCUCGGCGGUGUUUGCUUUGAUAUCUCUGAAGUUCCGGUGAGGGAUCCGCCGGACAGUCCGCUUGCUCCUCAGUGGUACCGAUUGGAAAGUGACGCUGCCGCUGGUCAGAUAUGUAAUAGGGUUUCUGGUGAUAUCCAGCUCUCUGUAUGGAUUGGGACUCAAGCUGAUGAUGCAUUUGCUGAAGCGUGGAGCUCAGACGCCCCUUACGUCUCUCACACGCGCUCAAAGGUUUACCAGUCCCCUAAGCUGUGGUAUUUGAGAGUGACGGUUAUUGAAGCUCAAGAUCUUCACCUUUCGUCCAAUCUGCCACCUUUGACAGUUCCGGAUAUCAGAAUCAAAGCUCAAUUGGGGUUCCAAUCGGCGAGGACGAGGCGAGGGUCCAUGAGCAAUCAUAGUACGUCGUUCCGAUGGAUCGAUGACCUAAUUUUCGUCGCCGGCGAGCCGCUGGAAGAGUCAUUGAUUCUGCUAGUGGAGGACCGUACCACCAAGGAAGCGGUACUCCUCGGGCACAUCAUAAUUCCCGUGAGCUCAAUCGAGCAACGGUAUGAUGAGCGCCACGUGGCAUCCAAAUGGUUCGCGUUGGAAGGAGGCGGCGGGGACACUGGGGGAGCAGGCUGUGCUACUGGCGGGUCCUACCGUGGGAGAAUCCAUUUGCGUCUCUGUUUGGAAGGAGGGUAUCACGUGCUUGAUGAAGCGGCGCACGUGUGCAGUGAUUUUAGACCCACGGCUAAGCAGCUAUGGAAGCCAGCUAUUGGGGUUUUGGAGCUGGGGAUUUUAGGGGCUCGUGGGUUGCUGCCCAUGAAAACCAAAGGAGGGGGCAAAGGUUCGACCGAUGCUUAUUGUGUGGCUAAGUAUGGCAAAAAAUGGGUCCGAACAAGAACUAUCACGGAUAGCUUUGAGCCACGUUGGAACGAGAAGUAUACCUGGCAGGUCUAUGAUCCCAGCACUGUUCUCACCAUUGGGGUUUUCGACAAUUGGCACAUGUUUGGUGAAAUGUCUGAUGAUAAACCUGAUUGCCGUAUCGGGAAAAUACGUAUACGAGUAUCUACAUUGGAGAGCAACAAGGUGUACAUGAAUUCGUAUCCCUUGUUGGUUUUAUUAAGAACCGGGUUGAAGAAAAUGGGUGAGAUCGAAUUAGCGGUUCGGUUUGCUUGCCCGAGUUUAUUACCGGAUACCUGUGCAGUUUAUGGGCAGCCAUUGCUUCCUAAAAUGCACUAUCUUCGGCCGCUCGGGGUAGCCCAACAAGAGGCAUUGCGUGGUGCAGCCACCAAAAUGGUUUCUUUGUGGCUUGCGCGGUCCGAGCCACCAUUGGGACCAGAGGUGGUUAGGUACAUGCUGGAUGCGGAUUCUCAUGCAUGGAGCAUGAGAAAGAGUAAAGCCAAUUGGUUUCGAAUCGUAGCGGUUCUUGCAUGGGCUGUCGGGUUGGCUAAAUGGUUGGAUGAUAUUCGAAGAUGGAGAAACUCGGUCACAACUGUAUUGGUUCAUAUUUUGUAUUUGGUGCUUGUUUGGUAUCCGGAAUUGGUAGUCCCAACAGGGUUCUUAUAUGUGUUCUUGAUUGGUGUUUGGUACUAUAGGUUCAGGCCUAAGAUACCGGCAGGCAUGGAUAUCCGGUUAUCACAAGCAGAAACCGUUGACUCGGAUGAACUAGAUGAGGAAUUCGACACGGUACCAAGCAUGAGACCACCCGAAAUUAUAAGGGCCCGUUAUGACAGGUUAAGGAUGUUGGCAGCCCGAGUCCAAACAGUUUUGGGCGAUUUUGCAACCCAAGGGGAGAGGGUUCAAGCUUUGGUGAGUUGGAGAGAUCCGAGAGCCACAAAGUUGUUCAUAGCGGUAUGUUUGGCUAUAACAUUGAUACUGUAUGUGGUUCCACCAAAAAUGGUAGCUGUGGCCUUAGGAUUCUAUUUUUUACGACACCCCAUGUUUAGAGACCCAAUGCCUCCGGCUAGCUUGAACUUUUUCCGCCGGCUUCCGAGCUUAUCAGAUCGGUUAAUGUAGGUUUCGGAGAGUAAAAAAAAUAUAGCUAUAGCAAUAGAAUAGUAUGAGUUGCCCCAUUUGGGCACCGAAAUUUGGUGUGAUGAAGGGAAAUGCGAAGACAACUGUUUUAUGUAAAAAAAAAGUUGUUCCAAAUGAACGUUUUGAGGAGUGAAAAGUGGGACGAGAGUAAAAAGUAUGUCUUUUUUUUUUUUUUUUUGAAGUGAUUGGAUUGGCCGAUUGAGGUUGAAAACUUGAAAUAAGAGAAAGGGGUUGGUGGGGCAACGCAGAAAAGAGUUUGUAGGGGCAAGAAAUUGAGUCGAAUGGGAGACUAAUGAGAGGUUUUUUUUUUUUUUUUUUUGUAAUGGGUGUUACGGAAAGUAAUUAACAUUCAAAUGCUCUUUAACAGAAGAAACUUCAUCAACAUCUUUUUUAUCAUUGUUCUCAGCUGUUUUUUGGUUUGAUGAUAAAUUCCAUCAGUAUAUCACUAGCCAUGAAUUUUGCCUUCUCAACAAGGUAUCCAUGGAGGAUCAUCAAAAUAUAUAAAAACCAAUGUGUCCAUGAAAAAAAAAAAAAUCAAGGUCAAGACGCAAGUCUGUCAACUGACAGCCUUGAGAGUAAUUUUGAAAAGAGAUGGACUUUUGCGUACAACACUUCUUUCAUCAGCCUUUCAUUUGUAGCAAUGGCCCCUUCCAAAGUCAGAUGGCAAAACCUUUACAUUUUCAUUUUGUAAAUUUUUAAUUUUCGAUAAAGCUGGCUUUAGAGGAAGGGAAAGCAGCUCCUGCACCGCCAGUAGGCCCAGCACUUGGUUCGGAGGGUGUAAACUGUAAGCAUUAUGACUUUACUGUAAGGACUGUAAUGCAGGAACUGAUGGUAUGGAAAGUAAAGAUAGUCCUGUCAUUCCUGUUAGGAUUAAUGUUUAUGAUGUUAGCAGUUUCAUUUUUCUGUCGAUUUUUUGUUGGCUUGAGGUACAUGGUGUUUUUCUUGUUUUGAUUUAUUUUUUAUGGUGUUAUUUUCAGGAUAAAAUCCUUAAAGAUACCUCCUGCUUCAGUUUUGCUGCUUGAGGCUGCGGGCGUGUGUGCUUGUAUAAUAUCUAUCACCAACUGAUUGAUUUUUUUUUCUCUCUUGCCCUUUGUUCUGUUUUUCUCCAGUUUCCGAAGGAUACGUGACUUACAGUCAUCACUGAAUUCACUUUUGAUUUUGCUUAGCAUGGCAUUCAUGUCUUUGUGAAUGUGAGUCCAUCCCUGCUCUAAAAUGUUCAAGAUUUACCAAUUUUAUGCAAUAGCUACUGAGAAACUGCUAGACUUGAAUUGCACCGCCCAUUGGACCAGCAUUGAGAAUCAUACAGGCACUUCAGCUAAUAUGGGGAUCAAGUUGUGCAGAUUUGCAGGAAAUUCCAAUGGAGUGACAAAAGCCAAGCAUUGAUGAAGACUGGAAUAGGGAGAAGAAUUUUCUCGGACAAAUGUACUGCCACCUUCAGUCUCUAGUGGGAAUCGAAUUCUAUGAUGCACAAAGAGGAAAAAUUUGUUUGGGACAAUGAGCAUCCAUACCUACCACUUGUCAGGAGAACAUAUGAGAGUAGCAUCAUGUUCAUUACUGGUAUAUCUUAUAGUGCAAAGGCUGCAGUAUUAUAAUAGGAAAUUCCUGUGGAUAGCUAGCCUUUAUGCUCGUAACGAUAGCAGCAGCUUGUGGGAUAAUUUAUCCUAACAGCGACGAAGAGGACUCCAUUUCCUGGAAGCUGGGCUCGAACGGAAAUUUGUCGAUCAAAAGUACAUGGGGUAGCUUGAGGAUCAAAGCUACAAAAGUAGAUUGGUUGUGGGGUUCUCUUUUCAUACCAAAACACAGUGCGUUGGAUAGGCUUUCCACCGAAGCUGAGCAGCUUAGAUGGGGGAGAAAAACUGAUACUGAUUGUGCUCUUUGCCAACAGCAAGAUGAGAGAUAAGGAAUCAUUUGCUUUUUGAGAGUACCUCGGCCUAUGUCAGAAGCAUAUGGUAGCAAAUAUUGCAAAGGCCAAAGAAAAUCUACAAAAGAAAUCUUUUCUUUCU